UCCCCAUCCUUAAUCCCUGCCUAUCCUUUUUUAUCUGAUGGACUCAGCGAGGGCUGGAAGAUCACAGUGUGGCUGAAAACAAAAGGGAGUUAACAAGAUGUGACCAGUCAAUGGAUAAAACAAUAGGAGAAACCCUUCUUGUUGUCUAGUGCCCAGGUGUCCUUCCCAUGCACAGGUAGCCAUGUGGAUCGUGGUGAGUUUGUUCUGCUGCUUAAUGCUCGGAGGGCUGCCACAGGCGGGUGGUUCAUGCCCAUCACAGUGCAGCUGCGCCUUCCACAGCCUCAGCGAAGGAGCGAAAGCCAGGACUGUGCUGUGUAAUGACCCAGAGAUGACCCUCACUCCUGUAAACAUCCCUGUAGAUACGACCAAGCUUCGGAUAGAAAAGACAGCCAUCCGCAGGGUGCCAGGAGAGGCUUUUCACACGCUCCACAACCUGGAGUACCUCUGGAUGCCCUAUAACUCCCUUGCCAGCCUCAGUGGGAUCACCUUCAAGGGCCUUCGUCGCUUGCAGGAGCUGAGGCUCGAUGGGAAUGAUUUAAUAUCAUUUCCCUGGGAAACCCUGGUUGAUAUGCCACAGCUAAGGCUUCUGGAUUUACACAACAAUGAACUUACCUCAAUCCCUCCAGAUGCUGCUCGUUAUGUCAAGAAUAUCACAUACCUGGACCUGUCUAGCAAUAAGCUGAUGACUCUUCCUCAGGCUCUUAUUGCCACCUGGGCCAACCUCCAGACUGUUCCUUACUUCCCCAAUGAUAACUCCAAGAUCAUCCUAGGCUUGCAAGACAAUCCUUGGGUGUGUGACUGCAGUCUGUAUGAAAUGGUCCAUUUCCUAAAUUUCCAGUCUCCUAACAUAGCAUUCAUUGAGCCCAGGCUGAAGUGCUUCACCCCCCGGAGCCUUGCAGGAGUCUUCUUCAGCCAGGUGGAGCUGCGGAAGUGUCAAAGCCCUGUUGUACAUACAUCUGUGGCCAAAGUAAAGACCAUCCUGGGCAGCACUGUGCUCCUGCGAUGUGGAACAACAGGGGUACCCAUCCCUGAGCUCAGCUGGAGAAGAGCUGAUGGUGCUCAGCUAAAUGGCACAGUUCACCAAGAGAUUUCUAGUGAUGGCAUGAGCUGGUCCAUUCUGGGCCUGCCUGUAGUUUCUUAUCUUGACUCUGGAGAGUACAUCUGUAAAGCAAAGAACUUUCUAGGGGCAACAGAGGCGUUCAUAUCUCUCAUCAUCACAGAUUCAGAAAGCACAGAUGACCCCAACUCUAAUGCUAAAAGUGCAUGGAAUGGGAAGGCGACUGGGAUGGAAGCAGCUGCCUACAAUGACAAACUUGUGGCAAGGUAUGUUAUCACCACCUCCACUGUGCCUACCCUGGGGAGUGGAGUGGAUACUGGAGAAAGCCCCCUCCUCCCAGAUAUGGCACAAGAUAGCAACCCCAGAAACCUGCUGGUUAGCCCACCUACUGGUCAGCAGGAGCCAGAGAGAAUGGUGAGGUCUGUCAGGGUGAUAGGAGACACUGAUCAGAGUAUCACCCUGGCCUGGAAGGCCCCUCUGGCAAAGAACACUACAGUAUUCAGUGUCCUUUAUGCCAUCUUUGGAGAAAGAGACAUGCGGAGGAUCAAUGUGGAGCCAGGGAAGACAAAGCUCACUGUUUAUGGGCUUCUGCCAAAGACCAAAUACAUUGCAUGUGUCUGCGUGAAAGGGCUGAUCCCCAGGAAGGAGCAAUGCAUUAUAUUUUCCACAGAUGAAGUUGCCAGUGCAGGAGGGACCCAGAAGCUGAUCAAUGUGGUGGUCAUCAGUGUGGCCUGUGUCAUUGCUGUUCCUCUGACACUGGUGGUCUGCUGCGGAGCACUGAAAAGGCGUUGCAAAAAGUGCUUUGUGAGGAAACCCAAGGAAAUUCAGGAGUCCUACGUCACUUUUGAAAGCCUGUCUCCUGCAGCCAAGGCAAAAGGUGUGGAAGGAGAAUAUUUGACUAGACAUACCCCUGAUGAAUCAAACAGGCUACUGUCUGCCAGAUCCAGUGUGGACUCAGAAGCAAUACCAAAGGCAGAGGGGCAACCAAAUGAAUACUUUUGCUGACGGUAACUAGGCUCAUUAUCCACUUGCUAGGUGGAAAGCACAUGGAUGUAUAUAC